GCGCCAUCCCUUCUUAUAUGCUUUGUAAAGACAUGUUUUUCGCAAAUUGUGUGGAUGACUCUUCACUUUAAGCAUACCGCAAGUCUGAUAUUUGUUUGCAUAUUGCUAUAGGAACCAGGAAGAUAUAAAUUGACAACAUGCUCUACCAAUGUUCACUUUGCUACUGGACUUACUCGUUAACACUGGAAUAAAAAAAAUCAAAAUGUCAAAAAUACUUGGAUUACUGUGCGCGCUUCUGUUUGUUGGAUAUACCGAGGCAGUCAUAACCGGAUUCACAGGCACUUCCCCUGCUGGAACAAUGACCGUAGCUGGAACAGCAACAGCAGCAACAUCCACCAUAUCGUUGCAGUCAUCAUUAGCUUCCGGUGCAACACUGUUUACUGUAACGGCAGCAGCAGGUGAUACAAUUAACACAUAUGCGUUCCAUACUACCAACGGAAACCCUGGCACCUAUGGAGCCAUUGCCAAGGUCGGGACAGCCGGUGUUGUCACACUGGCGAAGGCUCUUGAUUAUGCAACUACGAAGGAGGUGGUUUUCAUAGUUGUCGCUACUGACACGGCCAGCACCCCGAAUACUGGAUCAAUGACAGUGACUGUGAAAUUCGGCCCGUCUACGCAUACUGCCUACUCUUUCUGUGUUGCUGACCCUACAGCGUUAGGAGCGGUAAUCGGCACCCCGAGUUCGUCCGUAUCCACUGCUGUUUGGACUGUGGCAGCAGGAGGAACCGACGCGGCAAAAUUUACGGUAGCAAGCGGAGUAAUCAAAACAGCUGCCAUAUUGCAGUCAUCUGAUAAAAUCCACUACACCGCUGACCUCACGCUGACGGACGGAACUGCCACCAGCACGUGGCCCUUGCAUGUGCUCGUUGGCAACACCUGCUUGAAUAGCGGAGUUUCCCAGGUCGUUACCGGUUUGGCCAUGAUCUUGAUUACCGUCCUAGCGAUACAUGUGGUCUAAACAUCCACGCAAAUCGUACAAGAUUGCUGUGAUUUAUUGACUGAUUUUACAAAAAAACUUACAAAAAUGCCGUUAGACUUGAUACUUUUUACUGUUCAUUAACUGAUAAAAAGUUAUCUAUAAAUUUGAACUCGUUGAACGACUAUGAACAACUAGAUUUUCAAUUUUUAAGUAAAUGGAAGAAAAACUGAAUGCAAACUUAAAAUAUAAAUUAAUACGCAUUAAACAUAUCAAUUGAACUACAUGUAUUUGGAAAAAAGAAGUAAAGCGUUUUUGUGUUAAACUUACAAAAUGUAUGGCCAUGUUGUUGUGUUUUCUUUUCAUAGUUUCCGCCAUGAAUUUCCAUGUGAGACAUUAACUGUUUCUCUGGAAAAGAAUAUAUGGAAAUUUUCUUGAUAAAUCUGUGAUCUUUAUUGUUGUA